GGAUUCGGUUCCUCCCUAAACUCCGAUUCCUUUUUCGCUUUUGGAUGUGGCGCUUUCCAUGGAGAGUCCACUGACGCUUGGACCAUCUCUUGUAGAUCUUGCUCGCAGAUCUACGGAUACAUGAUCACGUAGAUAUAAGCUGUGGUCACGACGAUACCCGACGGCUACAGCAACAAGACUGAUUCCUAUUACUCGCCACCAUCCACAAGAACAACACCAUGUCGCUCCUCGUUGAAGGCCUUGACCGACCACACGCGAGCGGGCUGACGCCGAGCGUGCGGCCAAUAACCACCCCGUCGCGCCUCUUGGCGUGGCUCAAGCCCAAGGCACGCCGCGAGACGGACCGCCACCGAACCGAGGCCAAGACGUGCCAGCAAGAGCUGAGCAACCGGCGCUUCCACUACCUGGCGUACCAGCGUGCAGACGGCGCGACGUGGUUCGGCGCCGAGGUCGACGUCGACGGCUCGGAGAACAUCGACGGCGAGUGGCGCUGGGCGCUGAUCACCGCCGUGAAGCGCGACCUCAUCUUCCGCGCCGACCACGAGGUCAAAGUCAUCGGCUGGAGCGAGUACUCCCACCUCCUGGACCGGGAGGAGAGCAACUACAUGAAGGCGUACGACUUCUUCCUGCUCACGAACCGCGCGCGCGGGCUCGACGAGGCCGAUCUCAAGCACUUGGCCCACCUGCAUGCACACGACUGGGUGCGGCAGACCGAGGACCUGCUGCGCGACGCCAAGGGGUACGGCCACACGAGUGUGCUGGCUGCUUAUUAGACGGCCCCGUGUGCCGCUGCGCGCCGGCCGCGCAGUGGCAACGCAAACGGCCAUGUUCCGAGUUCCAGUUCCGUAGUAUUCCAGUGUUGUUAUCGUCGAAUAUCCCAGAAACAUUGGUCUGUGGCGCUGUGGCGCGGGCGGAGCCGCAUGCUCGGGCCUCUGGGAGCGCGUGCUGCCGACAUUGACAGGGAGAGGCACGUACGCGCGCGCUGCGCCUCGCUCACGCUCGGACUCGCGCUGGUGGCCCCGGAAUUGAUGUGCGGUGAACCCGAGGUUGCGCGGCACACUGCUGCACUCCCUCCACUCGUACAUACUCGGCGCCGCUGCCGGGCACGCUUCGUCGCGGUGACCCGUGCAUAGAUCAUGUGGCCGCGGACGCCAGUUGACAAGACCACAUAGACUGUUCAUGAUCUUACCACUGCCCACACCACCAUGUCGCUCACGAUCACAGGGCAGUGGUGGCUUGUUCCUUUCCUUUGCACGACGCCGCUCGCUCCACGACGCCAAGCUGACCACUCAGACCGUCAGCGCUCGAGGCCCCACCUCGACCUUCAAGCGGGUAACGCACCUCGCCUACCGGCGGCGGGGCGGCGAGACGUGGUUCGCCGGCGACGUCGACGACGCCGCAUGCCACCGGGACAAGACGGGCCGCUGGUGGUGGGUCAUCUGCCCCGCCGUGCCAGGCGCGGCAGAGGUUGCACACCGGCUCGACCACGAGGUCAAAGGUAUCCGGAGGAAGGAGUACGACCGGCUCAAGCGAGCCGAGGAGGCCGUGUACUGGCCGGCCUUCCGGCUCAUGUACAACCGCGAGAGCGCCGAACUCCUAGCCCACGGCCGCACCCACCACCCGCUCACCGAGGCCGAGCAGACCAAACUCAUCGCACGCGCGCACACCUACGCGCACACGCGCGUGCGUAACGCCGAGGGCCGCGCCACCGCCAACCCCCAGGCAAGAGUGUACCAUUUCGAGGCGCUCUAGGUUGUUUGGUGGGGGGUGGUGGCGUCAUGACCGGUGGGUCCUCUCGGGUCCUCGCUCGUGGAUAUGCAUACUUCAGGGCCGGCCCGUAGCAUGUGGACGCCGGCGUGUGUAUUCGAUGCGAGGAUAGUGGAUACGGUAGCAGCACGAAAUUUUAUGCAUGCUCGAUGGCGGCGACAGUGCUGGUGCUAGUGCUGGUG